AACCCUUUAUUCUAACUUUCUAUUGUUGGAUUAUGCAAGACGACCUCUGACGGAGAGUAGUCGGUGAAACGAAACGGAGCAGCAAGUGGACCUGACUGACUGCUUCAGAGUAUGAGGAGUCUCUUGGUUCCCUUCCCAAUAGAUGUGAAAGAAAAACUUCCUUGAGGUAACUGAUAGUAGUUUCCCAGAUUUCUUCUGGACCUGGUUCCACCCUCUCCAGCCCCAGGUCUUAUCUCAGUCUGUUUGGAUGGUCUGAACCGAAAAACCUGCAAGCCGGGCCGUAAAUGUCUGCUCUGUAAACACACAGGGCAGCACCAAAGGACGAUAUAAUACAUCAAACUAUUUUGUACGGCAAGUACCGUACAGGAGAGUUGUCGAAAUGGCCAGCACGGAAGCGAGAUCCCCCGUGACCCCCCGACCUCAGUCGUGCCCGUACCAGGAGUACGUGACCCAACAGCAGCGCACCCUGGCGUCCCGCGCCAACUUCAGCAAGGAAGUCCGCGACGGCCAGCGGCUGUGGCGACAGAUGAUGAUGGGCUUCAUGUGCGCAGGCUUCGUGGGCCUGGUCAUGCUUGUGCUGGGGACCAUCUUCAUCUCAGAGGCUGUGAGGACACUGAAACAGCAGCCAAUCACUGUCAUGUUGUGUGUUAUGGGCAUCGUUUUCGGCAUCAUCAUACUGGUGGGCACGUUCAUCCUCGGGAGAGUGCUCAUUUCUCGGAAGUGGAUCCGCUGUCAGGGGAGACAGGCCACGCCUGCCUCUCAGUGCUUUCACACCUGCUCAGUUAUCUACAGCCCUUCUCUCGACCAGCUGGGAGCCAGCGAGUCGAUGCUCGAACCGCCACCCUCCUACGACUCGGUGGUGCCGGGCGCAGGGCGGGAGGUGAGCUGCGAGGUGGUGACGGUCGGCGAGACGGGCCAGGACGGGGUCGGGGAGGCACUGACCAUGGUGCUGCCACCCAAGUACUCGGAGGUGACCAAACCUCUGCCGGAGUACACGGAGGAGGAGGAGAAGGAGGAGGAGGUGGUGGUGGUGGUUGCUGAUGCCGUACCUCCUUACAAGGAGACGGAGAGUGAGGGGGCCCCCGCUUAGUGGUAGUGGUAGUGAGCUGUGUGUGUUUGUGUGUGUGUGUGUGUGUGUGGAGGCGGAGAGUGAGGGGGGGGGCCCGCUUAGCAGUAGUGGUAGUGAGCUGUGUGCGUGUGUGUGUGUGUGUGUGUGUGUGUGUGUG